AUGGCCAUAAAGAAUCCUUUGCCAUACUACACUGCAGUUUUCACAGUACUGAAAUUGGUCAAAGAUGAGAAGCACCUUUACAGUCUCAGACUUCAUGCCAACUCAGUCGGUUUACUCUGCUUAGGCCCGGACCAUCCUCUUCUGUCUCUCCCCGAUGACUGGGUCAUCACCAAGGCUAGCUAUUCUGAUGGUGCGCACCAAGCCUUGGUUACAAUGUCUGGCAGACGGAAGAAGGGGGCGGGGGUUCUCUUUCCACCGGCCCCGCUAUUGACAGUUACCCUCGCUCGUGUUCGCAGCCCUGAUAGCAGCGAUGAUGUCACCCCUAACACCCUGUCGGUGGUAAUUUACUUGCCAAUACGAUUGAAGUUGAUCGAGAUCAAUGAUUCUUUGGAACGCUUCCCUUGGCUACUGAAGACUUGCUACACUAAUCGCGGAUUCCUGGCCAUCGGGCUAUUGCGAUACGACUAUGCCCAGGCAUUGGCAGCGACCCUGCCGAUUCAAAGCUACAGGUUAAUUGAUUAUGAAAAUCUACCACCAGAGGAGAAGGAAAGGGCUCCUACAGAGGAGCAGAGUGCUGCUACUGCCAGGGCGGUCAUGAUUAAGCUAGACCCAUGUCCGCUAGCUACCUAG